AUGACUCGAUUCUAUGUGGAAAAUGUGGCAUUUAGCCAUGAACCAGAUGGUUUGAGAAGCUCUCGAGCCGUUUCCACCCAUACUCAAAUGAAACGAACAUCAUGGGCUUGUUUGAUGCGAUCAGCUAUCACAAGGCCUGCUGCAAUCAUUCGAAUGUUACAAUCGCUGUCCGGCGAGCGAAACUUUCAACGAUCUCUUAUACAGUACCUCAACAAGUACGCCUAUGGCAAUGCUAAAGGCGCACAAUUAUGGAAAAUCGUCGAGAAACACGCCGUUCUCCCCCAUGGGGUGUCAAUCGCCAGCUUGGCCACUGCUUACAUCACCCAAGUGGGAUGUCCAAUGAUUUAUGUGACACUGUCAAACAACGAAGUCGUCGUGCAUAAUCAGACACGGCAUUUCUUUGAAGACGGCAUGAAGGACGACACAGAGUGGCCGAUUCCAGUUCACUACCGCACCGAUUCACAGCCCGAUUCAAGACUGCACUGGAUGAAUGUCGAUCAUAAUAAAGUCACCUGGCCGUUAGCAGAGCACGCAAAGUGGGUGAUUGCCAACACGGGUGGUUUCAGUUAUGUGAAAGUGCUCUACGACAAGAAGAACUACGCAGCACUUGCAAAACAACUUCGCACCAAUCAUACGGCGAUAUCAACGAUUGAUCGGUCGAUGAUCCUCGUCGACGCGUUCGACUUUUCCAAGACCUCAAAACUGGAUAUCGGAGUCUACUCUGGAUCUAUUGCUGUAUGCAGAAGAGGAAAUGGACCGCCUUGCAUGGACAUUGAUCAGCAAACAAAUGCAGUAUAUCGAAGACCUCAUUGA